AUGCUCUCUGAUCUGCCCCUCGAGCUGCAGGCCUACAUCCUCACCUUUCUGCCUUCGCGAACCUUGGCAAGGACGCUCAACAGCGCAAAUCGCCACUUCAACACCCUCGUCGACGCUCACCUCCGCCGCUCCAUCCAACGCCUGCUCGCCGUCGGCGCUUACGCCCACACUGCUGCGUCAUCCGAGGGCAUAGUCCUCGAAUUUGAGGCACAGAGGCCCAUCGACACCGUAACUGCCAAGCACACGCUCCAUUUCAGCGGCUUUCAGGAUGGUCCAGACGCCCGCACCACCAUCGCUCACCCCACAGAAGCGGCAGACCAAGCUGCGACCCCAAAGGUAGCCGCCAGCCGCGCCAUCUUCUCCUUUUCCGAGUCGGUCCAGAGCGAGCUGGCAGGACGAGCGGCCCUCAGCCCAGAGCAAAGGUACGAUGAGCAGCGCAGGUUCAGCGGCAAUGCCUUCCAGCCCUUCAUGCCCGUCAUCCACCGCGACGACGUCCACCGCCUCAACCCGGGCAUUGCCACGAGCUCGGUCAACGCUCGCCAUCGCCUGCAAAGCCGCCCCGCGGCGGACGACGAAGGACAAGGCGUCCAGCAUCCAGCCACAGAGGGCCAUAGACCAGCGCCAUCUCCUCACGUCCAUCCUGCUCCAAGCGCACCCGAAGCUCGCUCGGCAGGACGUGGCUUCAGCACCACGCCCGUGACAACCAGCGCUCCACGCGACACAAGCACCCUCCAGAGCCUCGAGAUGCCGCUCGACGCCUACGACUGGCAGGGCCCCUCUGGUGCGUCGCCGCGAACCUCGCUCGCCGCCGCCAACCUACAUCCCUCGCUCGGGAACAAGCCUGCAUGCUACGCUUUCCAGCUGGAUCCGCUCGACAGCUUCGAAAGCUUGAUCCUUACGCUCAGCGCGCGCAAAUGCAUUCCGGACCUUGCGGCGGCCUACACUGGCCGAACCAGCGGCAGGAGAGUGAGAUACCAACGCACCGUAGCAGAGGGACUCGACAGGGUUUUCCGAAGCUUUUUCGAAGCGCCGCCUCCGACGCCACAGCCGUCCUCCCCGUCAUCCGGCCCUAACCCCGCCGGCCCAAGAGGAGACCCCAGCGUCGCUUCGUCGGCGCAGCUUCACGACGCCGACGAGGCGUUUGCUUCCAUGUCGGCGCUCAUGUCCACCUUCGGCCCCAUCAAUCGGUUCCGCCCACAGACGAGCGCCAUUCUCGCCCCGCCGCCGCAGCGUCAGCUCGAGUUUGACUCGACGUCGUGCACGCUGACGAUCCAGCCGCAUGCAGCAUCCUCGUCGCCUCACCCGGCACACUCAAGGUCAUCGGAUGCCUACCUCUCGUCUCCCCUCACGUCGCACUACGCAACCCUCAACCACCACGAUCGCGUCGAGCUCACCUUUCACUGCGAGUACGUCGCCAUCAAUGCGGCUCGGCUGCUUUCGAGCCUCGAGAUGCUUGAGGAGGCCGUCAUCGAAGCCGAAGAGAGGGCACGCUCCGCGGCGAUGCGCUUCCCGACUCUCCUGGCCGGCUCGGCGUCGAGCGAUCCCAUGGUCUGGGGUCGAAACGGCGUGUGGAGCCUCGCAGCCGACGGUCUCCGACCCGUCAACUUCAUCGAUGCUGAGUCAGCCGUCGGACGGCAUCCAGGGCCUCCGGAUCGCUCGCCGCGGUGA